UACCGAGCCUGCUGGAGGAGCAGGCGGGGGAGCCCAGGGAAGGGGCUGCUGGUUGUCUGGGAGACCCAGGGAUGGCGAGGCGGGAGCAGGCUGUGCACAGCAGUGGUUUACACGGCGCCUUCGGGAUCUGCAGGAGGAACCGACAGCCAGCGUGGGAAUGUCCUUGGAGAUCUGGCAGAAGUUCCUCCACGACCUCGGCAUCCUCAGCCCGACCUCUUUAGUGUGCUAAGAAGGAUCGAGAGACUCCUCCAGAAGUUCACCUGAGUCAGCAGCAUGGCUUCCUGCCUCUGCUGUGAGCCACCUUUGCUGACUUGGACCAAGAGAAGUUCCUACCCUUGCUGGCCUGGAGGGACUGAGAAAGCUUGGGAGAGCAAGCAGUGUUUCCCUGUCAUUGUCAGCAGCAGCAGCAUUAAGCCAUUUCUUGCUUCAAGGCCGGAUUCUGUCUUAUCACUCCAGUGCAAAAGAAAGGAGCAUUGGAAGCUGCUAGGCAACCUGAAGACCACAGUGGAAGGUUUGGUGUCCACCAGCAACCCGAAUGUCUGGUCCAAGUAUGGCGGCUUGGAACGACUCUGCAGAGACAUGCACAGCAUCCUCUACCAUGGGCUCAUCCGUGACAAGGUGUGCUGCAGACAGAAGGAUUACUGGCAGUUUGUGAAGGACAUUCGUUGGCUGAGUCCUGGCUCUGCUCAUCACCUGGAGAAGUUCAUCAGCCUGCAGGAGAGCAGCCAGCCUGACCUGCAGGGCCCGGGGGACCAGGCCAUCGCGCAGCUGUGGCUGCAGCACAGCCUGCAGUGCCACUGCCUGUCGGCGCAGCUGAGACCGCUCCUGGGGAACCGGCAGUACAUCAGGAAAUUCUAUGCAGACACUGCCUUCCUGCUCAGUGACGCCCACGUCACGGCCAUGCUGCAGUGCCUGGAGGCUGUUGAGCAGAACAACCCCAGGCUUCUGGCUCAGAUCGAUACCUCCAUGCUGGCCGGCACGUCACUGCCAUCCCUGUGUGCGUCAGGUCCUUCUGCUGGGACAAGAGAGAUGUGUGACCACGACGCUGAAGGACAGGAGGGCCAUCUGCCUAGGGAGCUGGGCUGCCUGGAUCAUUUCACUGAGAGCCUGCUUACCAGGAAGGGCGACGGUCCACCUCCGGUGACGAAGAGUCAGAGCCUGACUGCCCUUCCCGCAUCCCCAUAUGUCCCUGCUGCAGGCUGCACGCAGCAGCGCUGCUUUGGGUCCUUCUCUAGCCUGCACCAUCCAGCCACCUCUGGCCUCUCAGACAGGAGACCAGCGAGCUCCUCCGUCAGCUCCAGCACCAGCCAGCUCCAGGAGCGCUGCCCGUCUACCCGGUCCUCCUCCUUCAGUGAGGGCAGGUCCCCUCUGGAACAGCCUGGCUCUGUCACCCACUUCCACGUCCCCUCACCCAAAGACCCCUUCUCUCCGGCCAGCGAGAUGAGCUCCAGCACCACCAGCCAGAGCGAGGACACUUGGACAGGGAGUCAGGAUGAUCCACAGAGCGAUGUUAACGAUGGGCCGGAGUACCUGGCCAUUGGAAACUCGGGGCGCCGGGGCCGGGCAUGCAGCAGUGCCAGCACCAACAGCACCAAAAGCAGUAGCUCCAAACUCUUCUCCUCCAGCAGUUCCCAGAAGCUGGACUCAGUGUCAUCCCUGGGGGAGCAGGGGGCAAGCGGAGGUGGAAGCAGGGGCCUGAGCCUGUUGCGCCGGUCCAGCUUCUCAGAAGGACAGUCAUUAGCUCCGCAGGGCAUCCUCAAGAAGAGCCACGUGCGCUCGCACUCUGACACCAACGUGGCUUCAGGGAAAUUGCACGAGUCCCACGGUGAUCCAGGUGGAGGGAGAGAGCCAGUCUCUGCUUCCACCCAGAGCAGUGAACUGAGCACACCCAGCUCCCUCUACAUGGAGUACGACUCUGGACAGUACCUGAGCUCGGGGGAAGGGAUGUUCAGGAGACCCUCAGAAGGGCAGUCCCUCAUCAGCUACCUCUCUGAGCAGGACUUUGGCAGCUGUGCCGACUUGGAGAAGGAGAAUGCCCACUUCAGCAUCUCAGAAUCCCUGAUCGCUGCCAUUGAGCUGAUGAAAUGCAACAUGAUGAGCCGGCAGCUAGAGGAGGAGGAGGAAGACAGUGACAAGGAGAUCCAGGAGCUUAAACAAAAGAUUCGCAUUCGGCGCCAGCAGAUCCGCACUAGGCACCUGUUCCCUACCUGCCAGGAGUUGGGCUCAGACAGUCUUGUGGCAACAGACAGUGGGUCCCAGUUCAGCUCCCAUGGCUCCAUGCGGCUCUCUGACUCCGGCUCUGCAGAGGAUGUGGAAGAGUAUGAGAUCCGAGAUGGUAACGAUGGAUCUAACCUGAUUCAAAUGUCCAAGAACGGCCUCUCAGUGUCAAUGGCUUCCUUGUUCUCAGAUGCAGACAUCAAGAGGAACCCAGACUCCAGCAGGAAGUCCUUUCUGUCCUCGGAGUCCAUAUCCCACUCCUUCCUCAAUUCCAACUCAGCAGAGGCCGUGGCCAUGGGCUUGCUGAAGCAGUUUGAGGGCAUGCAGCUCCCGGCCGCCUCUGAAUUGGAGUGGCUGGUCCCUGAGCACGACGCCCCACAGAAGCUCCUGCCCAUCCCUGACUCUCUGCCCAUCUCUCCCGACGAUGGAGAACAUGCCGACAUCUACAAGCUGAGGAUUCGAGUGCGUGGAAACCUGGAGUGGGCCCCACCGCGACCACAGAUCAUCUUCAAUGUUCACCCAGCCCCAACGAGAAAGGUGGCUGUGGCCAAGCAGAAUUACCGGUGUGCAGGCUGUGGCAUCCGGACCGAUCCUGAUUACAUCAAGCGGCUGCGGUACUGUGAGUACCUGGGGAAGUAUUUCUGCCAGUGCUGCCACGAGAAUGCCCAGAUGGUCAUCCCCAGCCGCAUCCUGCGCAAGUGGGACUUCAGCAAGUACUAUGUGAGCAACUUCUCCAAAGACCUGCUGAGCAAGAUCUGGAGUGACCCACUCUUCAAUGUGCAGGAUAUCAAUCCUGCCCUGUACCGGAAAGUAAAGUCUCUCAACCAAGUGUGGCUGCUGCGAAUCCAGCUUUUCCACAUGAAGAACAUGUUUAAGACAUGCCGGCUAGCUAAAGACCUCCUGGACUCCUUUGAUGCGGUGCCUGGCCACUUAACGGAGGAUUUGCACCUCUACUCGCUGAGCGACCUCAGUGCCACAAAGAAAGGGGACCUGGUGCCUCGCCUGACAGAGCUCCUGAAGGCAGGCAGCCUGCAUGUUGAGAAGUGCAUGCUGUGCCAAGCCAAAGGCUUCAUCUGUGAGUUCUGCCAGAAUGAGGGUGACAUCAUCUUCCCCUUUGAGCUCAACAAGUGCAGGAUAUGUGAAGAGUGCAAAGCCUGCUACCACAAAUCCUGCUUCAAGUCCACCCGCUGUCCCCGCUGUGAGCGGCUUCAAGCCCGGAGAGAGCUGCUGGCCAGGCAGAGCAUGGAGUCCUAUGUCUCGGACUAUGAAGACGAGCUGGAGCAGCCGGAGGCGGUGGCAGCCACAUGAGCAUGUUGCAGCGGAGGAGCAGAUCAUGGGUUUAUUUAUGUGCGUGGCCUUCGUCACCAGAGACUGAGCCACAUGGACUGGAGAUGAGGAGGACUGUCAGGAGGCUUGGAGCGCUGUCUUGAAGGGAUCUGUUUUCCCCUGUGUGGUAGUGCUGGGCUGGGGAAGGGGUAUCUUCCAUUGUCCAGGUCUGCUCCAGGUACUGCUCACACUCCCCGAUGCCUUUGCCUGGGGAAAGGUGGCUGCUCCUGCUUGUCCUGCAGGCAGAACAGGGGCCUUUUCUGAGCAGUUGUUCAUGCUGGACCAGGCAGGGCUCUGCUGCCAGUCCCUGUGCCCUGUCCCCUGGCAGGGUCCCCCAGGAGGUCAGCAUUUUCUGCUCAUCAGCUGUAUACUAGGAAGCUCUGGCCAUGUCUACUCCUUGGAGGGGGGAAUCGGCUCUCUGAGUCCUCCAGUCCCCUGUCCUGCUGCUGUGGGUUGUGUGCAUGGAGGGAGGGUAGGGGUUUGGGGUUGGUUGUAUAUUUAACAGCUCCCUUUCUCAAAUCUGGCUUGGGACACUGGCAGAGAGCAUUUGCUCCAGAAUCAGAGCAGAGGAGGUGGCAAUGGUGAAAAUGCCAGAUUUCUGCCUCACCUCUCCGUGCCAUCUGUGCUGAGCUGCUUUCCCUGCCUUCUGCCCGCAGCCUGUGCUGCAGAGGGGCAUUGCCCCCGGAGCAGCCGCACAAGGGGACCAGUGCUGCUGGGCUUUCAGCGGAGGCAGAUCCCCAUGGCUGGAGGGUGCAGUAAGUGAAGCUUCCCACCCUGCUUCCUCCUCUUGCUGCUGGUCUCUCCUCCUGGGGGGACGUGUCCUCCUCUAAGGGCGACAUGGGACAUCACUGGUGGCACCAGGACUUGCCUUGCAUGCAGCUGCCUCCUGCCCGAGACCUGUCAGGAUGUGGGUGAAGGCUCAGCCCUCCGACUGCAUCCCCUGAGCCUCUGUCUCGGUUUGUUCUUUUAGGUUGGGUUUUUGUUUUUUAAUCUGCUGGAUUUGGUUUUAUUUUUUUUAAUGCAGUUGUUUGUAUUUUUAACUGUGUGUUCCCCCCCAAAGGAGGUGCUGCUUGAAAUGCCUCUUUAGGGGAUGUGCGAUCUGUUUAGGACUCACUGGUAUAAAACCUCCAGGGCUGUCCUGCUCCUGGUUGCUCACCCCUGGAUGGGGCUGGCGUUUGCCAGGUGUCCCCUCUCCCAGCAGAUCUCCUGGUCCCCUUGGGAGAGGGGUCCCUGAGCCAGGCAAAGCCUCGAGGCUUCCCGUCUGCGGUGCAGCGGGGUGGCCAGGCAACCUGCAUGCAAUGGGGGUGCACGGGGGAGAGGGGUUUGGCACUAAGGUGCUGCAAAGGGUUGGUCCCUCACCGAUGCAGAGCUGCCUGCCACGACCGAUGGCUCCACAGGGUUGCACCCGGUGGUACAAGGUGAGCUCUGUGCUCUAGGGCUACCAGUUGGUCGAGGAGGUGCCUCUGCAUCGCAGGAGGAUGCUUUAGCCCAUGGCACAGGUGAGUGUCCAGCACCACCUUAGCAUGUGUGGGAUGUGGGGUGGCAGUGGGGUGUUUGGAAGGACAGUGUGGCCUGUGUACGUGUGAGAAGGCUGUUGAGGGACUGGGGAGCAAUACACUGGCAGAAGGCAUCUAGGGGCAAUGGCUUUUGCAGUGCGUGCCCUGGCUUGAGGCUGGGACAUGACCCGUUGUGGGCUGUCGCUGCAGGGGUGGCAGGGUUGGGGGGGUUUGAGAGAGGCUGGGACCAGGAGAGGUGGCCUCAGGGCUUGGUCAGGGAAGGUGGCUGCAAGCCUCACUGCUGGGGGCCUGGCUGCUGCAUGGCAGUAUCCCUCCCCUGCUCUGCAGCAUCCUGACAAAGCCAGGUCUAGCCUGGGGAAGGGGGUUCAGCUCCCCACUCACUCCCCUGGGGUUUUUGCCUCCUGUCUUACUUCUGCUUGUUUUCUGUAGGGGAUCAGCUUCUCUCCCACUUGCUCUCUGUCUCUGCAAGCCGUGGGGCUGCCAGAUGCUGGUCCGCCUUGGUCUUGCCUGUCCCCAAGCCCAAGCUGAGCCCUCCUGCUGCUGCCCAGAGCUGGCACCCCCUUCCCUGGAGCUGCCUCAGCAGCACACCUCCAUCCACCCUGUUUUGUUUGAAGCACUUUAAUGUCAUGGGACAGCAGCUGAGAGGCUGCCUGUGUCCCCUUCUAGAAGCACUGAGUACAUUUAGAGAAGAGGGAAGGGAUUUUGGCUUAUUUGUGGUUUCCACCCUCCGCCAUGGACUUUGUCUGGAAGCAGCAAGACUUGCAAACCCAGCAAGAGGUCUCCAGGGCAGGGUUGUGCCCAGC